GGCUCCUUCCUCUCCCCGCAGAACCCUCUAAUUGGAGACAGACCCCGAGCCCCACCACGUCUCCACUUCGAGAGAGAGCGAGAGCGCCAAAGAGGCAGGAAGGGCCAGCAGCAGAGGCGGGGAAGGAAGGCAAGGCAGACCCACCGCAGGCGCCCCCUCCUCGCCUGGCCCUCGCCCCCCGGCAGCAGAGACACAGAGACCCCAGCAGCAUGCCUCCUUGGCCGGCCCUCCUGCGCCUCUUGCCCCUGGCCCUGGCCCUCUGCGCCCUCUUGACGCCCGGCUUCUCCUCCUCCUCCUCCUCUUCCUCCUCCCGCUUCAGCCCCGAGGCUUGGCUACAGCAAUAUGGCUAUCUACCACCGGGAGAUCUUCGCACGCAUACCCAGCGCUCCCCACAGUCGCUUUCGGCUGCCAUCGCUGCCAUGCAGCGGUUUUAUGGGCUCCAGGUGACCGGCAAGUCCGACUCGGAGACCCUGAAGGCUAUGAAGAGACCCCGUUGUGGUGUCCCUGAUAAAUUCGGAGCAGAGAUCAAGGCCAAUGUGCGACGCAGGCGCUACGCCAUCCAGGGGCUGAAAUGGUCUCACUACGAUCUGACCUUUUGCAUCCAGAAUUACACACCCAAAGUCGGGGAACAUGCCACCUUCAGCGCCAUCCGCCGUGCCUUCAACGUAUGGCAAUCAGUGACGCCGCUGCGUUUCCGUGAGGUGUCUUACUCAUUGGUGCGCGAGGGACACGAACCCCAGGCCGACAUCAUGAUCUUCUUUGCGGAAGGCUUCCACGGGGACAGCACCCCCUUUGAUGGCGAAGGGGGCUUCCUGGCGCACGCCUAUUUCCCCGGGCCCCACAUCGGGGGUGACACGCACUUUGACGCGGCUGAGCCUUGGACGUCCCGCAACGACGACCUGAGUGGAAAUGACAUUUUCCUGGUAGCUGUGCAUGAGCUGGGCCAUGCGUUGGGCUUGGAGCACUCGAACGACCCCUCUGCUAUCAUGGCACCUUUCUAUCAAUGGAUGGACACGGAGAACUUUGAGUUGCCUGAAGAUGACCGACGUGGCAUACAGCAGCUAUAUGGUUCAGAAAUGGGCCACCCCAGUAAACCUCCUCCAGUUCCCCGCACGACUGCGAAGCCCCGUGUCCCUGACCGGCCCCCUAAAAACCCGUCAUACGGCCCCAACAUCUGCGAUGGAAAAUUUGACACUAUUGCUGUGCUGCGGGGAGAGAUGUUUGUCUUCAAGGACAAAUGGUUUUGGCGUGUCCGGAACAACCGCGUGAUGGACGGCUAUCCUCUCCCCAUCGGCCAGUUCUGGGUCGGUCUCCCUUCCACGAUCAACACCGCCUAUGAAAGAAAAGAUGGCAAAUUCGUCUUCUUCAAAGGGGACAAGCAUUGGGUCUUCAAUGAAGCCAUUUUGGAUCCGGGUUACCCCAAACACAUUAAGGAACUGGGCAGAGGGCUCCCCACAGACCGGAUCGAUGCCGCACUCUUCUGGAUGCCAAGCGGAAAGACCUACUUCUUCCGGGGAAAUAAAUAUUAUCGCUUCAAUGAAGAGAGCCGAACUGUCGAAGCUGACUACCCUAAAAACAUCGAUGUUUGGGGAGGGAUCCCCGACUCACCCCGGGGGGCCUUUAUGGCCAGCGAUGAAGUUUUCACCUACUUUUACAAGGGAGACCGUUACUGGAAGUUCAAUAAUGAGAAGCUGAAAGUGGAGCCGGGAUACCCCAAGUCGGUGCUGCGGGACUGGAUGGGAUGUAGUUCGGACGACCGGCGCGAGGGAGAAGAAGUCAUCAUCAUUGAGGUGGACAAUGGGAGCGAAGGGGCGGUGAAUGCGGCCGCCGUGGUGUUGCCCAUCCUGCUGCUCCUCACCAUCCUGGCGUUGGGAAUCGCCAUCCUCAUCUUCAAGCGCUACGGAACGCCCAAACGGUUGCUCUACUGCCAGCGUUCCCUGCUGGACAAGGUGUGACCGGGUGAGCGUCUCACCUUGGCCAGGAGGACAGGCCAUUCCUCCUGCUCCUGCCUCCUGCCCUCUGCCACCAUCUCACCUCCUCUGCUACUUUCUUGAACCCCUUCCCUUUAGUUGGCUUAGAUGUGUCUACCUGUCCCUUCUUGCCACCAUCUCCUUCUCUCUUCCCUUCUUCUUCUCCCAUCUAUCUCAUUGUCCCUCCUGUACUACGUUCUUGAACCUCCUUCCCUUUAGUUGACUUAACUGUGCCUUCUUGGCCCCUCUUGCCGUCAUCUCCUCCUUCCUUUCCUUAUCCCACUUCUCCUCUUCCUUUUUCUCCCAUCCAUCUUUUGGACCCUCUUGUGCUACUUCCUUGAACCUCCUUCCCUUUAGUUGACUUAACUGUGCCUUCUUGGACCCUCUUGCCAUCAUCUCCUCCUUCCUUUCCUCAUCCUACUUCUCCUCUUCCUUUUUCUCCCAUCAAUCUUUUGGACCCUCUUGUGCUACUUCCUUGAACCUCCUUCCCUUUAGUUGACUUAGCUGUGUCUACUCAUCCCUUCUUGCCACCAUUUCCUUUUUUCACUUUUUCUUUUUCCAGCCAGCUUUUCAUCCCUUGCUGUUCUGCCUUUGUACAACCUUCUUAAACUUGUCUUGUCCUUCUCCUUCCAUUCCUUCACCUCUAAAAUCUUCUUCUCACUUAGUUAUGUGCCUGCUUUCCUUCUCCGCUACUAUUUCCCCCUUCCCCUCAUUGCUAAGCAUUCCCUCUCCUCCUCCUCCUAAUAUCCCGUGUGUGCUGAGCACGCUCAUAUAUGUAACUUGAGCUGAAGGAGGCUCUUUCCAUGCUGGUUUUGGCUCCGUCAACCCUGCCGUGACCUUCUCAUGGUGGGACAUCUCCUGACCUCUGUAGCAAAAAGAGACUUCAUUUUGACCUGUCGGCUUGCAGAACCAACACUGCGAAGGCCUACCAAGGUUCCCUUCUAGAACCUGGUGGGAUCAAGGUUAUAUUACCACCCACUGUUUAUAAUAUUAAUCCCAGGAUAUCUGCCCCCACUUCCCAGCUCUGGUCCUCUCUAAAUAAUACCUUUUGUCUUCCCCUUCCUUGCCCUUCCUCUUCCUUCCAAGGGCAGAUAAUGAAUCAGUGGUGGACGCAAGGGUAGAUGUCCUCCUCUGGCUUAUUGGAGAUUGAGGGGAGGGUCUUCAAAGGGAUGUGGCUUCAAAAUAGUUUGAUACGAAGGUAAUUAUGGAUUUGGUGAGACAGUGGGAGGAGCUAUGUAGAUGUGGGGGGAGGGGGAGGGAUGAUGUAACAUUCCAAGGAGCUGGAAUGGAAUUAAGCAUUCCUAAAGGAACUAUAUCAUUCCAUUGAGCAUGGCUUGAAAAGCAAGACAGAGCUAGGGCUGACCAAUAGAAAUGCUUACAUAGUGCUCCCCAUAGACAAAAGCAGGGAGGGUGCUUGGUGGGACACAAGUGGGUGGGCUCAAAAUGUGGGGGCGUGGCCUAAGUGGUCCUCCCUCUAAGGGGCGGGGAGACAGUCUUAAAGGGCCAGAUCUGGUAUCAUAGGGAAGGGUGCUCAGAUUUUGCCACAACAGGAUGGUAAAUUGGUACAUGAACACAACAGCAAGUUGGGAGUAUGAUAGAUGGGAGGAUGGUUGGGUUUUUCUGGAGGGAGGAGGAGGAGGUAGCGAUGGGAGAUGGGACAGAUAUGGCCAGCCAGGUCCGGUUUUUGGCAGCACGGUUUGCAAAACAAAAUGUUUACUCUCCGACAUAUAAUUAUACUUGCACAAAGUUUACAACGGCCACUUUCUGGAUUCUGCAGAAACAAAGCGAGCGAACAAACAAACAAACAAAAAAGGGGAUCCAAAGAGGAAGAAAAUUGGUAUUGCACCAUAGAACUGCCUUAUCCUCCUCUCUUAGGGAAAAUGUUUUUAAGGUUUUUUUUUUAAAAUGUUGAAUAUGUAAUUUUAAUUAUUCUAUAGAAAUGCCUUUUUAAAAAAAACAAAAGUUAAAAAUAGUGCAUUAACAGGGUGGGUAAAAGAGAACAGGGGUGGGAGGAGACCCCCAAAUUCCUGCAGGCCGGGAUUGAGGAUGUCUUAGCCCUUCCCUGUUCAGACCAUUUAAACUGGGGCUUGGGUUAUGUGUGUUCUCAAAUGGUCUCCAAACGGAAUUAAACUGUGUUUAACGAUACAUUUGUGUUUUUGGGGUGGGCUUUUUAAUAUUUUUAUGGUUCCACUUUAUUAUUGUUGUUAUUAUUAUUGUUAUUAUUUUGCUAUGAAUAAUAAACACUCCAUUCAUUGGAAGGGAAAUAUACAUAUAUUGCUAGGAGCCUAUCGGCUGUUCAAUUCUGUUAUUCCUAUCAACAUUUAGCAAUAAAAAAACCAUUUCUGGGUAGAAAUGGAUCUAAAAUGCUGGAAGUUUUUAAAAGAAUUAUUAUUUUUUGUCCCGACACAUGUUCGUAAUUAUUUUGUUAUUGAAAAGGAGUCACCAAAGAAUUAAAAAAAUAAUAAUAAAUGCUGGAAUUUCCCCCCC